AUGGAGCAGCGCAUCAGCAUCCUCCAAAGGGAAAACGAAGCGCUGCAAUCCCAAGUCAAGUCUACCGCCUCCAUCGCCGCCGGAUCCAGGUUCCAAUACCGACGCGACACCUCCGGGCUGAGCCGCCGCUUGGAUCUUGAUGCUGCCCCGGAUCACCCCCUCCAUGUACCCUUUGGCGAACCUGGAGGUCCUUUUCUCCAGCAGAUCCGCGAAUUUGAUCCACUACCGAAUCAUCCUCGCUCUAACCCGAGUUGGCUUCCCCCACCUCCAACUCAACCAUUUUCCGCAGGAACAUCGACGACAACCGUCACCACGACGGCUGCUCGGGUCAUCCCAUCUCAGGCCGGCACGGCGACAUCCUCCACGAUGUCAAUCCCUACCUCCGCUCCAGCAUCCCGACCGUUACCUCCCCCAAUGGUGACCAUGUCGAUGCCUCUACCCGUUUCACUCCCAAUACAAGGAUUGGCGCCGGUAGCUUAG